AUGAUUAGUGCGGUUCAUCCUGCAUUUGUUCUAGCACUUACAGCCAACGAUGUUCUAUUCGGCCGAGGGGCACCAUCAAUCGAAAACGAGGGGAACGUCCGUUUCCGGCACUUGGUGCAAGAACGGAAAACUGAAUACGUCAGUACCGGAAAGCGCCAAAUGAAAGAUUGGAUUGCUCGACAGGUUAUUCAAGCCGUACGAUUGCGUCAGGGGCGUUUCUUGCGAAAAAUUGAAAGCCUGGUAGAAGCGGAGCGCAUGGGGGUUCCAGAAGGCACCACGGCCUGGACCUUUGUAGAUGAAACCACCAUUCUGCAAAAAGUGAAACAGGCACUACGCGAUCGAGACAAUAACGAGGCCGCUCCUUCGGGAAGCCCUCGCAAGCAUCCGGCUACAGAAGGUGCUGCGCCGAACAUGUUCCCUGGGGUAGAAGAUCCGACAGCUAUCGAUCUUCGUCAACGCGCCAACCUUCUCUUACACUCAUCUCCUGCCGCUGGAACGGUAAAUCUGAGUAGUUCCGCAAUGCCGAGAGCGGGCUUACACGCUGUGAGCGACUUUUUGAGAAACCAACAGCAGCAACAACAACAUAGGCAGACUGAUGAGCAUGCUCGUGCCGUAUUGUAUUCUAUCCAGAGCAGCAUGCGUAGAGGAAUAAGUCCUCUCCUGCCAGGCGGUCCGCAAGUCAGCGCCGGGGUCCCGGGUCAGGCUAAACCUGUGCAAGGGCUGACAUCUUUUCUUUCGCCAAACCUCGUGGGUGGAUUUGCCGGUAUAUCAACCGCGAACACUGGCCAUUUAGGUCUGGACCAGCAGUGGGCUGCGGUCGAUCGCCGAAUCCCAGAAAAGUUGACUAAGUUACCUCCUGCAUCGAGACGGACAUAUCAAGAAGCCACAUAUUCUCAUGAGACAUCUGCAGAACGAGCUCUUCAGGCCGCGUAUCAAGCCGCUCACACAACAGCUAGCAGUAUACAGAAGGACGGCCAGUCUUCGAUAUCGCUACUGGAACUCUUGCUCUUACAGGUCGUCGCUUCUCACGGUAUUCCACUUUGGACAGCUACCAAUAUAGAAGACGUUUUUAUUUCAAAUAGAGAAGGCGUAUUGUCUUGGAGUCGACUGGGUACUUCGCUCAUCCAGGCGACUCAAAGAUGGUUCCAACAGCGUCAAAAUGAACCCGAACCGGCCCUCGCCCAGGAGCAUGCUUUGAGCCUGUCACUGUUUUACGCACAAGAAAUCCCGGAACUCGCAAGGAAAAUAGUUACUUUGCUGGAAAAGCUCGACAAAGUUUCGCAAAGUGGUGCGAAACGCAAGUCUAGCAAUGAAGAAGAGGGCAACGGUCACUCUUUGGAUGUGUGGUUUCAGCAGCAGCUCAGUCUCUGGGCGGCAUCAUUGAAUAUAGCCAACAACCAAGGACGUCCACUUCCUUACGCGACGGCUGACUUUACCACAAAAUGUCAGGAUUAUACAUUCCACGAAGCGUUUGCAGCCGCGUCCAUUUUGGAUGCGUCCAAAUGUCGGGAUGUGUGGCAACAAGUAGCCGUUCUUACACGACUCCGGUCGAUAGUUGCGGCGAAUCCUGCUACCGACUUGCUCACCAAACUCGAUUACGCUCAAAUGCAACUUGCCGGCCAAGCCUGGGACUCACGUCCCUCGUGGUGGGCUCCGUCUGAUCCUGCAGCGACGGUAGUCCGCCGCGAUGUGUUUUUGAUUGAACGAGUCUUGUUAAGUGGUUAUCAACACGUGACACGCGAUAUCGAAACCGCACUGCCGGCCGGUCUCACCAAGGCAUCCAUAGAAGAUCGCUUGACGGCCUUGACCUACCGACUCCACCAUCAGCAAAUGACCGCGGAUGAGCAACAGAUACUGGACGAACGGGUCGUCCAGCAUCUAGCGUCGUUGCAGGCGCACCUGCCCGCCGACGCUCCUGUGUACCGCGGUGUCGAUGGAGCUGGUUUGGACGAGGUGGGUGGUGAUGGUACCGUUGGUAUGCGUCACACGUUGAACACCCCACAGCAACCCAAUCCGAAGCGGUUCCGUCCAGGGGACUAUCCACCACGGGGUUCCUUUUGAAGAUGGGGGAAAGUAGCGAAAUAAAAAAGGUCAAAGGAGGGAUUAUCCAAAUUAAGAACCAUGAGCUUUGUGCUUUUCAAACAAAGUAAUCCAAUUUUUGAGCCUUUUUGGGGAGCUCUAGAGGGGUGCGUAGUCUUAUAGUUGGUAGUUGAAACGGAUUGUAUUUGUUGUGGUACUGUGUUCCAAGGCGGAAGAAUGAUGGAUGUCGUUGGAGGGAGCGAGCACAUUAUCCGUAUACAUCCGUUAAAGAUCUGAGGGCACGACAGAGGCGUAUCGUGCUCUUCCGAAACAUUGUUCUCUCCAAACUUCGACAUUUCCUAAUCCACGGAGCUGUCUGGAAAGAAGCGCAGCAGUUCGUUUCGAGUGGUUGUACUGUACGCGGUGCUACCCGAUUUUUGAAAGAACCGCGUGUCCGCAAUGUUGUUCUCACGGAUCCAAUUUCGUUGCCCAACAGCCUUUUGGUCACGUCGGGUUGUUGGCGUAGAAUGGUGAAAAGAAGCUAGCCGAUGAUCGACCGUUUUCAUUUUCCUUGUGUAAGAUAGGUUUUCGGUACUUCCUCUCUGCAUCCACUUUUCCAUGAUGAACAAGUUGUGGUCUCGCUGGAAAAAUAAGAGAAGCCAUGAUUGUGUUUAUUCGGG